CGUUUCCAGGAAGAGUCGUUUCAUUUUUCUGUAAUGGCGGACCACGGAGACGGUGAAAGUAUUGUGUUUAACGACAACAGGAUGGCGCAGCAGCAGACGCUGCGUUUCCGCGGCCCUGCUCCUCCUCCGACCCCAGUGAUGCGUGGUCCACCCCCACUGCUCAGACCCCCACCUCCCCCCUUCGGUAUGAUGAGAGGGCCUCCACCACGAGGGCCACUGUUUGGGCGUCCGCCGUUUGACCCCAGCAUGCCACCCAUACCCCCACCAGGAGGCAUGCCCCCACCACUCGGACCCCCUCACCUACAGAGACCUCCUUUUAUGCCCCCGCCGAUGGGCAGCAUGCCCCCGCCCCCAGGGAUGCUAUUUCCCCCUGGGAUGCCCCCAGUCCCUGCUGCUGGAGCUCAUACUCUGCCCCCUACUGAUGAGAUCUGGGUGGAGAACAAGACACCUGAGGGAAAGGCGUACUACUACAACGCCAGGACUCGAGAGUCAGCCUGGAGCAAACCUGAAGGGGUAAAGGUGAUCCAGCAGUCAGAACUCAACCCUAUGAUGGUGACCCCGGCUGGAACAGGAGCCUCCUCCAAUAGCAGCACUGCAGCCAGCACUACAGCUGCCACACCCUCUCCAGUGUCCACACAGGCACCUUCCCAGUCUCAUACCAUGAGUACCAGCCCAGACACCAACACCACCUCUUCUUUGUCCCAGACCAUCACUACUUCUGCUGCUACAGAUCUGCAGCCUGUGGCCUCCGUCCCCUCGAGUGUGGGAGUGACCCCGAUGGCAGUGGUCAGUGUAACCACAGUGCCAUCCUCAGUGACACCAGUCCAGACUAUGUCCCUGUUGCCCCAAAGUCUCCCGACUGGCCUGCCCCACCACACCAUGUCCCAGCCUCACACCACAGCCACUAUCCCAGGCUUCCCCCCAGGGGUCAUGCACCCCUUCAGGGUGCCUCUACCAGGCAUGCAUAUCCCACUGCCCGGUGUAGCAAUGAUGCAGAUAGUAGGCGGUCCCUAUAUAAAGACAGUCUCCCCCAACCAUAACGGUAUGCUGCCUGGCAUGGGCCCUCCUCUUGUUCCCAUGAUGCACCACCCUCAGUUGGCCCUGGCGGCGCCUGCCUUGUCAGGCCUCCAGUUCCCAGAGUGGUCCGAGUACAAAACGGCCGACGGGAAAACCUACUACUACAACAACCGCACACUGGAGUCCACCUGGGACAAACCCCAGGAACUGCGGGAGAAAGAGAAAGAGGCAGAGAAGGCCAAAGAGAGACAGCAGGCCCUGGAGGAGGAGGCUAUGGAGAUGGAGGAUGAACAGCCUAAAAUAGAGCUCCCCAAGGAGGUGAAGGAGGUGAAGGAGGAGGAGAUGACUGAAGAGGAGAAAGCAGCACAGAAGGCCAAGCCUGUGGCCACUAACCCAAUACCUGGCACUCCCUGGUGUAUUGUGUGGACCGGUGACGAGCGGGUGUUCUACUACAACCCCACCACGCGUCUCUCCAUGUGGGACCGGCCAGAGGAGCUGGUGGGACGGGCCGACGUUGACAAGAACAUCCAGGAACCACCUCAUAAGAGAGGCUUGGAGGACGCCACCAGGAAGCUGGGAAUCAGCAAAGAGGAGCUGGAGCAGGCAGCAGAGGAAGCUCUGGAAGAUGAGCCUGUGAAGGCCAAGAAGAGGAAGAAGGAGGAAGUGAUGAAAGAGGCGGACUCUGAGAAAGAGGCAGCCAUGGAGGCAGAGCUGAAGGCGGCCCGAGAGCGGGCCAUCGUGCCCCUGGAGAAGCGCAUGACACAGUUCAGGGACAUGCUGCUGAAGAGAGGGGUCUCAGCGUUCUCUACGUGGGAGAAAGAGCUGCACAAGAUAGUUUUUGAUCCGCGAUACCUGCUGCUUAACCCUAAAGAGAGAAAGCAGGUGUUUGACCAGUAUGUGAAGACCCGAGCUGAGGAGGAGAGGAAAGAGAAGAAGAAUAAACUGAUGCAGUCUAAGGAUGAGUUCAGGAAGAUGAUGGAGGAGGCCAAGCUCACAGCCAGGACAACGUUCAGUGAGUUUGCAUCCAAGCACGCCAAGGACCCACGGUUCAAGGCCAUAGAGAAGAUGAAGGACCGGGAGGCCAUCUUUAUCGAGUUCAUGACCGCUCUCAAGAAGAAAGAGAAGGAGGACUCCAAGAACAGAGGAGAGAAGGUGAAGCAGGACUUCUUUGAGUUGCUUGGCGACCACCAGCUGGACGGAGGGCAGCGCUGGAGCAAGGUGAAGGACAGGCUGGAGGGAGACCCUCGCUACAAGGCGGUGGAGAGCUCCAACACCAGAGAGGAACUCUACAAGCAGUAUGUGGACAAGCAGGCCAAGAACAUGGACUCUGAUAAGGAGAAGGAGAUGGAGCGAGCAGCCAGGAUAGAGGCCAGUCUGAGGGAGAGGGAGCGCGAGGUGCAGAAGGCCCGCUCUGAGCAGACCAAGGAGAUCGACAGAGAGCGGGAGCAGCACAAGAGGGAGGAAGCCAUCCAGCACUUCAGAGCCCUCAUGUCAGACAUGGUGAGGUCGUCUGACGCGUCGUGGUCAGACACCCGCCGUAACCUGCGUAAGGACCACCGCUGGGAGUCCGCCUCUCUGUUGGAGAGAGACGAGAAGGAGAAACUGUUCAACGAACACGUUGAGGCGCUCUCCAAGAAGAAGAAGGAGAACUUCAGACAGCUACUGGACGAGACCGUCAUGAUCACACUGACCACCACGUGGAAGGAGGUGAAGAAGAUCAUUAAAGAGGAUCCUCGCUGUAUCAAGUUCUCCAGUAGUGACAGAAAAAAACAGAGGGAGUUUGAAGACUACAUCAAAGACAAGUACAUCACAGCCAAAGCUGACUUCAGAACGCUUCUGAAAGAGACCAAGUUCAUCACGUACAGGUCGCGGAAGUUGCUCCAGGAGUCUGACCAGCACCUGAAGGAUGUGGAGAAGGUUCUGCAGAAUGACAAGCGUUACCUGGUGCUGGACUGUGUCCCGGAUGAGAGGAGAAAACUCCUCAUGUUCUACAUUGAGGAUCUGGACCGCCGGGGUCCCCCUCCUCCCCCCACUGCCUCGGAGCCAACACGCCGCUCCACCAAGUGACCACAGACUGCUAGAAACCCUGAGCAUGAACCAGCCCUGCACCUAUUCUAGUGCAGUAUUAAACUGUAAUGUCCUAAUGCCUUGUGGUAAACCUGGAACAUCCAUCCCUGUAUUUAUUCAAGUAUCAGUAGUGCAGAGCUCUGGCUCUCCUCUCCUGCCUACAGGGCCUGAUGAUGUGCCACUGCUCUGACCCCUGACAUCUGACCUUUGGCUCAGCUGAGGUCAAAGGGAUCGGCGUAGUAGUACAUCUGCAGCCACCUAUGACGUUAGACAACUGUAAAUGAUGAACUCUGCUGUUUCUGUGACUCAAGGCAUUGCAGGCCUUAGUAACUGUUUUUAGGGUGUCGUUGACGUCGACCGACUCACAGUACAGUUGAAUGUUAACGUUUCUUCUCAGUGGUUUCAUUUUGAUGCGUUGCUUUUUCUGUACAUGUUUACUGGAAUAAAGACAACUUUUCUUUUUUUAACAAUGCAGUCCUGUGAUAUGUUAAUAGUUAAAUGUUUAAACUCAGGAUCACUGAGCCCAUAAUAAAGACAUGAAUAUUUAAUGUA